UUCGGAAUCCGGACGGGCUGCGGAGGAGGAGGAAGCGCUCAAAGUUACUUCAUCUUCAUCAUCAUCAUCAUCAUCGCAUCAGCUGCGGCCAGAGAGGAAGAUGCGCAUCAUCAUCAUCAUCAUGUCGGUCUGCCUGGUUCCGCUGGUUCCGCUGGUCUCCUGCAGCGCAGAGACGCCUGAUGAGGAAAACUUCAACCCGGAGGAGUGGCUCCGUCGUUUCGGCUACCUGUCCCGGUCCGGUCUCCAGAUGUCCGGCCCGCUUUCGGUCCAGAUUCUGUCCAGAGCCGUCAGUGACAUGCAGCGCGUCUACGGCCUGGACCCGACCGGCCGCCUGGACGGCGCCACGCUGGCGGCGAUGCGGCGGCCUCGCUGCGCCCUCCCCGACAGGACGCCUGAGGCCGGCGAGGUCAGGACCAGGCGCUUCGCCCUGACGGGUCAGCGCUGGGAUAAGGAGCAGCUCUCCUUCAGCAUCCUGGACCAGCGGAUCCCGCCCUCGCUGGGUCUGAACCGGACCUCCAACGCAAUCCGCCGGGCCUUUGGCGUGUGGAGCAGCGUGACGCCGCUGUCCUUCCAGGAGCGACCUGCGGGGGGCGCCGUCGACAUCCUGCUCCUCUUCGCCUCUGGUUUCCAUGGAGACAUGUCCCUGUUCGACGGCGAGGGCGGGUCGCUGGCCCACGCCUUCUACCCCGGGCCGGGAACGGGCGGAGACACGCACUUCGACGCCGACGAGCCAUGGACGCUGGACGCCCAGAACCAGGAAGGUAUCGACCUCUUCCUGGUGGCGGUGCAUGAACUAGGCCACGCUCUGGGCCUGGAGCACUCAGAGAACCCCGCCGCCAUCAUGGCUCCUUUCUACCAGUGGAGCAACGCGCAAAACUUCAGCCUGCAUGGCGACGACAUCGCAGGGGUCCAGCGCAUGUAUGGUCCUCCUGUAGCCUCUGAUGCUCCUCCCACGCACCAUGAUGACAUCACCACCACGCCCCCCUCCACAUCCUCCUCACCCACCCACUCAACGCCUGGUCCCCCCGACCCGACCCAAACCGAGCCGGAUCCAACCCCCACCCCUCCUCUGGCCACGCCUACCUCUCAUCUGACUUCGCCCAUCACCGCCCGGACCGGGCCGGACCCGGUCACGCCGGCGGUCAGGAGAGACGCCCCGCCCAGCAUCUGUGAUGGAGACUUUGACACGUUGACGUUGCUGCGGGGCGAGAUGUUUGUCUUCAAGGGCCGCUGGUUCUGGAGGGUCCGGAGGAACCGGGUCCUGGAGAACUACCCCAUGCCCAUCUCUGUCUUCUGGAACGGUCUCCCUGACGACAUCGACGCCGCCUACGAACGACACGACGGGAAAUUUGUCUUCUUUAAAGGCGACAGGUUCUGGCUGUUCCGGGAGGCCGACGUUCUGCCCGGCUAUCCUCAGCCGCUGCAUCAAUAUGGCCGAGGAAUCCCCGCCCAUCGGAUCGACGCCGCCAUCUGGUGGGAGCCCAACGAGUUCACCUACUUCUUCAGCGGCGACAGGUACUGGCGCUACAACGAGGAGACGCGCAGCACCGACCGCGACUUCCCCAAACCCAUCAGCAGGUGGGGCAAGAUCCCGGCCUCGCCCAGGGGAGCCUUCCUCAGCGAGGAUGGAGCCUCCACCUACUUCUACAAAGGGUCCAGUUACUGGAGGUUCGAUAACCGCCGGACGGAGGCGGACCGCGGCUACCCCCGCUCCAUCCUGAAGGACUUCAUGGGCUGCGUCGGGGCCCCCGAGCCGGACCCGGAUCCAGACCCGGACCCAGAAACCGAGCGGAACCCGGGGACGGAACCGGGCCGACCCCCACAGCCGACCGAACCGGGCCGCGGGCCGGACCGGGAGCUCAGACCCGGCAGCACAGAGGAUGACCCGGACCAGGAAGUGAACAUGGUGGUGACAGUGGUCGACAGUGAGUCAAAGGUCAUGACCCUGGUCAUGGUGACGGCGCCGCUGCUGCUCAUCCUGUGCAUCCUGGUUCUGGUCUACGCCAUCCUCCGGACUCUGCAGAACAAGGAGCCGCCCCGGGCCCUGGUGCACUGCAAGCGCUCUCUGCAGGACUGGGUCUGACCCAGUCCACGGGCCAAUCUGGUA